AUGCCGCAACCUGUAGGGCAUGCCGCCAAUAUCCUCUGGCAGCAUGUGAUCCAGACAGAAAGAAAGGCAGCUGUUCAGUGGGAGGAGUCGUGGGGCUUCAUGCGUGCAGAGCCCACUCGGCUACAGAACUCAGCCUCUGUGCCGUCGCUCCGUGCUGCUGGACAGUCCGUUGUCGAACCGAAGGCGCACCUUACCCGCGUUGGUGCCUGCGCCGCCUCGACCCAGCUAUCGCCACUCACCAUGGAUCAUAUGGACCCACGGGCUGUCCAAAAUGCCCUGGACAUGGAGCAAGGCCGUCUCUCGGAGGCGAUGGCAAUGAUCCAGGACUCCAUGGAUCGCGUGCGACGCCUGCAGACCGAGACCUGUGACUCGGUUGACUGGAGCGAUGCUCACAACAUCGCACAGAUUGCGCAGGGCACCCUCUUCCUGAUCUUGGCUAUCUGGCUCAUCUUCGCGAAUAACGCUAAGGUAGCCGUGGGCCAGAAGGCUCCAUUGGAGCAGCGCCAUGCUGUAUGCGCUACGCUGAGUACUGCUGUGGCGCUCUUCUCGGGCUUCUUCAACAUCAUGCAGCUCACGGGCAUCGAUGACUUCGACAUCCCGGGCUACAGUGGAGGCUUUGUCCUUCAGCUUGCCCGGCCCGUGGAGUGGGUGCUUACUUGCCCCAUUCUGCAGCUGAAAUUGGUGGUGUUGGCAGGUGCACGUGUUCCUUCAUACCGCCGUUUCAUGAUGCCCCUGCUCUCAGCCGCCGUGCUCUUGUGUGGCGUCGCUGCUACCUUCACGGAGGGAGCGUUGCGCUACGUAUGGUUCACCUUCGGUUCGAUCUUCUGCUUCAUCAUGUUCUAUCACAAUGCGCUGCAGAUUGGCGAGAACAGCGAGGGAGAGGAGUCUCUCCUCCAUGGUGAUUCCGACUACCGCAGGCUUACGCUUCUGUUGAUCAUCACUUGGUUCCCGUUCCCGAUCUGGUUCAUCCUGAGCCCGGAAGGCUUCAACCUUGUGGACAGUGAGCUGACGAUCGAAAUGGGUUGGGUGGCACUGAACUUGCUCGCAAAGUUCUCCAUGAUCAUCCUCGGACAGCGGAUGAAGAUGUCCCACCAGAAGAAAAUGGAAGCUGCACGUGAGCUCUACGGCAUGGCACCGGGAGAUGCGGUAUCAGGAGAGGCACUCGAUCAGAAAGCGCUGGCAGAGUCGAGCAGCAAGGGGCGACGCAUGAUGGAUCCUGCAGACUACGGUCUCGGUGUGGGGGAGGAUGCAGAGAGCGAGGAGAAGAUGAUCGAGCUCGUGGCUGACACUAUGGUCACGCUGCAACUGGCCAACCACACGGAACGAUUGAUCAAGCUCCUCGUCGAGAGCGGCGUCACCAACACGGCGGUCUUGGAACGUCUCAAUCAGGAGCGCUGUAUGGAGCUGUGCCUGCCUUGGGCACUCGUCGAUGCCGUCCAGCGCCGCUGGAGCAACGAGAAGAUGAACAUGGGACAGGAUCAGGGCGGUGUCGUGGAGAAGGAGGACCCCUUCAUGAAAGUCCUGGAGGCAAACAAAGAGCGACUGUCGGGUGCGAAGACCGGGCAAACAAAUGGUGUUGCUACUCCGCCCAUUGGCAGCGUAGCGGACUUGUCCGGCCUGAAUGAACAAAUCGCAUCUGCCGUUCAAAGGGCAGUAAUGCCGUUGCAUGAGACCGUUCUGGCAAAGCUGCAGACGCUUCAGGACAACAUGAGCCAGUCGCUGGAUUCCACCCAAGAGAGUGUGGCACAGCGCAUGGAUUUUGGGCAGGUGACGCUCAUGCAGACGGUGAAUGCGUGCCAGGUCUUGCUGCACAAGCUGGAUUCUUCGCAAGAAGUUGUGCUUCAGAAGCUGGAUGCUCAACAAAGAGGCUUGGAUCAGAUCAACACGUCCUGCACCACGCUCCACGCCAAACUCGGGGAAGUCCAGACUACCAUGAACGCAACUGUCGCAGAAGCCGUGGGUUCUUCUUCCAAAGCCUUGCUGGAAAACUUGGAGGGGACACAGCAAGACUUGCUGCGCCAAACCACCGAAGCGAACUCAGUCCUUCAGAACGUCGUAUCUACCCAAAAGACCAUGGUGACAAAGCUUGAGAGUGGCAAUGACUCGAUGGUGAGGAACUUGGUCGAGAUGGAGAAGUCUUUGGAUAAGAAACUAGCUGAGUUCGGAGAGUCUGCUGUUUCUUCCUACACCGUGAGCUCAGAGUCCGUCCUGGCGAGCUUGAAGGAGCAGAUGGAUGCCUUGAAUGACCAAAGCAACACCGCAGUGGUCGCGGCCGAGCGCUCUGCCGCCGUCCUUGAUGAGCGAAUGACAGAUGUCCGUCGUCAAAACCUCAUGAUGCUGGACCUCCUUACCAGCUCCAACGACAGGGUCCAAAACUUUGCCGACAACCUGGACACUCUUCGCAAUUUGGACAACGUUACGGCAAGUGAGGUUCGAAACAUUCUCACGGAGCACUUGGGCAAGGGUCAGACACCGCCAGAAGGCAACGAGCCGGAUGGCAACGGCACGAUGGAAUCCAUGGUUGCUCGUUUGGAGGACAGUGCUGCCCGUCUGGAGGCGAAUGGGAUGGGAGCAGUGAAGUCUGAGUUGGCAGACAUCGAGGAAAGGUUGGCAAAGAAACAGGCCCAGAUUGUGGGCGACGCGAUGCAGGAGGUGAAAGACCUGCAGCUGGGCUUGGUAGCGCAGAUCAAUGACUUCAGCGCUCGAUUGGGCUCUGCAAGCGAGCCAGGAUCCCAGGCUGAUGCUCCCAAGGAGCGAGCAGAUCGAGCAGAGCGACCCACCGGAAGCCCGUCUUCUCGGCGUGGCUCCAAGCGCAACGAAGUCCGAGGAUAA